AUGAUUGUUAUGAGUCGAGCCCCUGAGGCGAGUGGUCAGGGGCGCGCGACCGAAAGCCACGACGAAGUGUUCGACGCUCCCAGAGAAUUCUUGCGUGUUCGAGGGCUCAUUUCCGACAAGCUGCCACCUACAGCAGCCUCUCCAGAGGAACGAAGAUAUGCGAGAAGUUUAUGCCGUCUCGUAGAAAGGAAAGGGUACACAGGUGAUCUCCGGCUUCAUCGUGUCUUCGAGCUCUGGGUUUAUUGUGGUUGUCACCCAGCCGCAUGGCAUAGAAAUCCGGAUGAGGAUGAAGAUUUGUGGAAUGAAUACAAGGCGUCGGAGCUGUUCCAUUAUAUGGUCGGGCCUAUAGAUGCAAACCAACAGCGGAUAGACACUUCCGCAUUCCGAUCAUUGCCGUCUUGGAUCCAUAGAUAUCCUGGAUCGCAGAUCACUGCCAUGGAGGAUCGUAUUUGA